AAUUUUGGAUUACAUUUUUGUUAUUUAAUUUACGACAAAAACAACUAAAACCUGUCAACAAAAUUAUUUUUUUAAAACAGCACGUAAUGGAACCGACAAACAUGGGAUCACCGGAAAAGGGAAUGUCGUUUGAGGACAGUAUGGAAGAGUGUCGAUACCUGAUUGAGUUAUGUAUUAAAAAUCAAUUCAACAAAGCCAUCGACAUAUGCGACAAAUGGUGUCAAACAAGUCUCUAUCAUUCGCACGGAAAGUCGCUUCUCAUGUUUAUGAAGGCAGUGCUAACACUAGAAACGCCAGAGAUAGCUCAGGCAUUGGACGCGAACAAUGAGACCAACAAUAUGUGCCAAAAGUAUCGCCGAUCGGUGUCGUUGGCCAACAGUGUGUCGAAGUACUUAUGGAAACACAAUUAUAAUGCCUAUUCAGAAGAGGAAAUACAUGCUGAGCUCAUACACGCCGAAAAUCUACUAUUAAUAUCGAUGCUAACGUUUUUUAGUGAUCAAAAUAUUAUGUCAUUAAUCAAAGGUGCCUUCCGUUUGCGGGCCUGUCAUUCAUCAUAUAAGUUUUGCUUAGACAUAUCCGAGAACAGGACUGAAUGGAAAAGCGAGAGAUCGAAAGUGCACUUCCGGUCGGGCGUUAUGUUAGGCAACGGUGCCAUUAAUCUGGUUUUCUCUCAUCUGCCCAAACGUGUACUAAAAUUGUUGGAAAUUAUCGGCUUUUCCGGCGAUCGACGAGUGGGUCUCGAUUUGUUGAACCGGUGCGCCACAGAUUCAGCCGGUUUGCGCUAUUUUCCGGCUCAGUUGGUUAUUGCCGGCUACGAGUGCUACAUAAACCAGAUGUUUGGUGUCAGCAAAUCCAAUCUGGAAGUGGUCGAGCAGUUUGUCGACAAAGGUUUGGCCAAUUGUGAUACGAGCUCAUGGUUUCUAUGGUUUAGAGCUCGUAUACUACAGUUGAGAGGCGAUAUCGACGGCGCUGUCGACCACUAUAAUAGUUGUAUUGAAGCUCAAGACGAUAUCAAACAGAUGCACAACAUUUGCUUUUGGGAACUGCUUUGGUGUCACGCUGUGAAAUUUCAAUGGGAUCAGGCUGCUAACUACGCUCAGAUACUCAAAGAACAAUGCAAUUGGUCUGCGGCUACCUUUACCUAUCAAAAGGCAACGUUUCUAUAUAUGAAAAUGUUAGAUGAAAACAAACCUGAAUUGCACAGUCAGGUAUCGGAACUGUUCAGGGAAGUACCCAAACUAAAGGUCCGAAUAGCCGGUAAAACAAUACCGCCCGAGAAGUUUGUUUGCGUUAAUGCUGUCAAGUAUUUUGAUCAAAAAGAGUCACUAAUAUUGCCAGCAUUUGAAUUAAUGUAUAUCUGGAAUGUAUUUACAAUUCUCGACCAAAACCCGACAAUAGUCGACAAAAUGGUUGAACGAAUUAAUCGUUUGAUACCUAAAUAUAUUAAUGACAGAGAUUCAAUGAAUGCCAUCGAAAACUAUUUAUUAUUAUUGCUAUUGAAAGGCAUUUGUUUGAAAUGCAAAAAACAACACAAAGAAGCGGAAAAAUGUUUCGCAGAAAUAUUCAGAAAUGAAAAACAUAUCAAAAAAGAUAAAUUCAUACUUCCGAUGGCAUCACUAGAGUUGGGAUUAACUAAAUUAGAUUUGGACAACAAAUCAGAAGCUAAACGGUGGCUGAAAAAAGCCAAAAACGAUUUCAGCGGUUAUUUGCUUGAAAUUGUUGUCCAUUUCAAGGCUCACAGUGCUCUCCAACGGAUCAGACAAUUGACCAAAGAUGAAGAGUUGGAUGCCAUCAACAGCAACGACAACAAUAGUACCAAUAAUAGUAAUAAUAGUAAUAAUCGUAAAUAACUAUUGUUUGUUAAGUUUUAAAAAAAGUAUAUUUAUAUUUAUUGAAAAUAAUA